ACUUUAAUUAUAAUAUAACACUGAUACAUUAUCAAUCUUCUCAAACUGUUUCUAAUAUUUCUCUAGAAGAAUUUUUUACUGAAUUAGAUCAGAUUCAUAAUAGUAAUAGAAGGUAUAUUGCUUUAAAAGAAUCAUUUGAAUAUGAAGAAAUUGCAGUUGAUACUAUAAAAAAUUUGCCUGAUAACUAUUUAGAUGAAUUAGGUAUACAUAAAAUGGGAUAG